GCAGCCGAGGCGUGAUUCGGUCCGGGCAGUUUCUCUCUUCUGGCCGCGCGCGCGCGAGAGUAGGGCCGCAAUCCGCUCCGGGAAGAAGAAGAAGCCGCCUCCGGGAAGUGUGCUCUCCCUUCGUGGUCCUCCUCGUUGUCGUCGGUCGUGCCCGUGGCUUGGAAAUCCCGAAGGAAAACCGCCGGGAAAUGAUUUAAGGAGAAAGAGAGAGAAAGAGAGAGAGAGAGAGAGAGAGAGCGAGAGAGAGAAAAAGACGGACAGAGAGAGGCGAGAGGAGAAAAGAGUGACCGACUGACUGAUUGACUGACUGAACCGACUGACUUGAUUUGAGAGCAGCAGAGACAGACAGGGAGAGAGGAGAAAAGGGGACGAGAGUAAGAGAGAGAAAGAAAGAGAGAGAGAGAGAGAGAGAAAGAGAGAAAGAGUAAGGAAGAGAGGUCUGUUCAGCUCGGCUACGCUUCGCUCGCGCGACGUGUCCAUCUCGCUGUUUUUCUGUCGUUUUUUUCGUCGCUGAAUAUAUAUAUAUAUAUAUAUACAUAUAUAUAUAUCUGUAGUCGCGCGCGCGCGCGCGUCUCGCGUCCCGCAGAUAACGUUACGAUAACGGUGUAGCAGCAUCGGGAGGACCGGCUCGUGAGGACCGCUCUGAUCCGUUUUAAUCUGCUCCGCUCGGCUCCGCGUGCGUCUGAUGAGCGAGGAGGUGGUAGACGUCGGUGAUUAUGCGCGUAAUGAGUAAUCCUGUAAAGCCUGUCGGGAUCGCAGCAGCCGCCAUCGCAGUGUUUCACGAGCGUCAUGUAAUAUGGAAUUAAACAAUGUUGUUAAGACGUAAACAUGUUCUGGCUACACUGUGGACUCUUUGUUCUCGUGAUUGCCGUACCUGGAUUUAUUAGCAGCUUAGCCGACACCACGUCCAAGCGAGAAGCCGACUACACCUUAGAUGAUUCCUUUUGGAACGAAGAAACUCCCGUUGGUGAGGUCGAACGACUACUACGCGAAUAUCGACAAAACCAGGAGCUAGUACGAAAUAUCGGCGGACAUUUUUAUCAGAUCAUCUAUCCGGUACAGCUACGGCAUCACGAGAAAAUGGGGAUAUCCACGAGAGAAGUCGGCGUCUCGAAGUAUCCUCAAAGAGGUUACGGAGAAGGGGGAUAUCAAAAUUCUAGAGGCAGAAUGAGAACAGGGAGACAUUUUCAUCGGACGUCCCUUCUGAUCAAGGCCUUCAAUCAUAAAUUCCGCCUAGAUUUAGAAUUAAAUACGCAACUUUUAGCUCCAAACCUGAUUCAGAAAGACUUUUUAGAUAACGACGCGGAACAAAUGUCUAAGCAGGAGAUAGAACAUUGUUAUUAUCAUGGCACUGUGAGGGAUUAUCCGGGAGCUAGCGCUGCUUUUCACACGUGUAACGGUGUCAGCGGUGUCAUUCAUUUAGGCAACGAGACUUUCGUCAUUCAUCCGUUCUACGGCGGCGAUUUGUCGCAGAAACAUCCUCACAUUAUAUUUGAAGCCCGAACAAAAGCUAACAAAGGCUGCGCUAACUCGGGGAAUCUUGAGUGGCGAGUAAAGAACCGCCGGCAGAAGCACACCCGCGGGCUAUCAGAGACCACUUCUGAUCGAUACAAAAGAGACGUCCGUGAAGCAAUCAAAUACAUCGAAACUGCCAUCAUUAUCGAUAAGGCCAUGUUCGACAAAAGAAACGGUAGCACCAGAGCCGAGGUUGUUCACGAUGCCAUCCAAGUCGCUAAUAUCGCAGAUUUGUAUUUCCGUACGAUAAACACUAGAGUCUCCGUCGUAUACAUCGAAACUUGGAAGGGCAGCAACCAGGCGCAAAUCGAUAAAGGCAUGGACAUCGAUCUCGCCUUGUUAAACUUUAACGAUUAUGUGAUGCGGAGAAUGUAUCAAAUUGCUCAGGACACCACUCAGUUGCUCACGGGUGAGACGUUCUUAGGCGGGGAAUCCGGGGUGGCGAUACCUGCGACUGUGUGCAGCCAGAAGGCCGUAGGGAUCAGCGUUGACCUGAACACUUACGAGCCCCAUCUCUUAGCCGGCACCAUGGCUCACAUGAUCGGUCACAAUAUCGGCAUGAGCCACGACGAUGGAAAGAACGACUGCAAUUGCCGCGAUUGGCACGGAUGCAUCAUGGCUCAAUCCAUCGUCGGUCUGGAGAACGUUCAGCCGUACAAGUUUUCGGAGUGUAGUAAAACGGAGUACAUAGAAACCUUGAAGAGCGGCCACGCCUUCUGCCUUUUUAACAAGCCGAACGAGUUGGAGGUCAGGAGAUCAUGCGGUAACAGGGUAAUCGACGACGGGGAACAAUGCGACUGCGGAUCGAUCGAAGAGUGCCACGAGCUCGAUCCUUGCUGUGAUCCCAUCACCUGCAAGCUAACGACGGAGGCCGAAUGCGCGACUGGCCCUUGUUGCAGUGAUUGCAAGCUUCGAGCUCGCGGCGUCGUCUGCCGCGAAUCGACGAACGAGUGCGAUCUGCCGGAGGUGUGUUCCGGCGACACCGGCCAAUGUCCCCCGGACGUCUACAAGAAGAACGGCACCCCGUGUUCGGACAUGACCGGGCACUGCUUCAACGGGAUAUGCCCGGCCCUGGAUCUGCAGUGCGAGCAGGUCUGGGGUUACGGCGGGAUCGCCGCCGACAAGAAGUGCUUCGAGCAAUUCAAUUCCAAGGGAUCCAUCAACGGCCACUGCGGCACCGACGCGACCGGUCACUUUAUCAAGUGCGAGGCAGAAAACAUUCGUUGCGGAUCCCUUCAGUGCCAGCAAGGUAGCAAACAGCCGGUCAUCGACGGAAUGAAGGAAUUUUAUUCUAGAACCAUCAUUUCCAUCAAGAGUCAGGAAUACGAGUGCAAAGCCACGACUGGGAAAGUGGAAGGAUCGGAAAUACCAGGGUGGGGAUUGGUCCGUGACGGAACAUCGUGCGGCGACAAUUUGAUUUGCGUGAAUCAAACCUGUACGAGCUUGUUUCCACACAUCGAUCAAGAGAAAUGCCCGAGCAACCACGACAACAAGGAAUGCUCCGGGAAUGGGGUGUGUACGAACGUCAACAAGUGUUACUGUUUUCCCGGUUGGAUCGGGCCGGACUGUUCCAUAGCGCAAGACAUCCCGACGGUGACGCCGACGACACCCAGCGUCGAAGUAGCCAGCAAAGCUGAUCCGAAACUGGAGAAGAAAGAGACCCCCUACGAGAACUACCACGGCUCUAAUACUGUAUUUUUAGUUGGUAUGCUCAUGUCGGUGGUAGGGGGUGUUUUCAUAGUAUUUGCUCUGAUGGCUCUCUGCUACAGGUCAGUCGUAGUACAUAAAAACUUCUCCCUCUGUCUCAGAAGGAAGAGCACCGUCCAGAAGUACGACCCGCCAUACUCGAAGAAGCCGCCGCAGAAAAGCUACAGCGGCGUUUCUGGUAAUCAUCAUGCGGAAGCCGCGGCGCUGGACACUGUCAACAAGAUCCUCACCUUCGGCAGAAUGCCUCAAUACAGCCGCGGCGAGACCCAGCGCGUGCUGUUUCGACCCCCGAAUAACGUCGCCGCCACCGACGGGCCAAGAGUCAAGGAGCAUAAACAGCAGGAGGAGGAAGAUGGAGGUACGGGAGCAGAGGAGGUUGUCUCUUUCAUUGAUCUUCCACCAAACAAUCACACAAAGUUGCCUGAGAAGGGAAUUUUAAAGAAACACGGUGGUUACGGUCUAGGCGGCGGGGGGUUCGACGUGCAGAGGACCCUGAACCAACUGAACAGCUAUCACGACGACAUCAUCGAGGUGCUAAAGAACGCGGCGAGCCGCGGCGAUCUCGCCGGCACCCCUUCGGGCAGCGGAAAUCUGGACGAAGACGCCUUACGCAAGUCACUGGCCGAGUGCGGUUAUCCCGACAUGUAUCGCAAGGACACCGACGGCCAGGACAAUGGCAUCGACAACCAGGAGGACGAAGAGGAGGACGAGGAGCUGCAGCCGCCGUGCGGCACCAUCCGUAUACGCAAUCUCGAGGACCUCAUUCGCCAGCUCGAGCAUCAUUCUACGAGAUACAUGACUGGCCAGAUGAGUCCAAGUGGAUCCGAGGAGAUUCGAAUAUCCGAGGGCGAGCCGGACCGACACUACAGAAUCGAUUCUUCCGUCUGUAGCGAAUCGUCUCAAGGAAGCAGAAGAUGUAGCCGCGGCCGCGACGAGGACGCUAGUAGAUUCGUCUACGGUAGAUACCGUCAGCCGACGUCCCGAAGUCCUUACGGCAACCAUCAACACACCCAUCAACACUCCCAUCAAAUGCACGAGGAGGAGGGUAUCUAUGAAACUGCCGAUCCUGACAGAGGCUCAAAUACUAGGGGUGAAACACCCGAUUGUGAAAGUGAUGCAUUUAUUCAAGCUCAACAACAAGUAGCCCGGUGGACUAGUGAGGACGGAGUGCAGCACCGGCCGCCGCAGCAACCGCCCCCGCCGCCUUCGAUGCAGCUGCCGGUGCAAGAACAGGCGCAGCAGCAAGCGCAGCAGGCGCAGCCGCCGCCGCAGCAGCAGCAACAGCCGCAGCAGCAACAGCAACACCAACUGCCGGUGGAACAACUGCCAAUCAAGCAGCGCGGCUAUUAUCCAUCUCCCCCACAAACCGACGAAAGCCUCGACGGCAACGCCGAGGUCGAAUAUGCUCAAACCCAGCAACAACAGCAAAAGCUAAGCGAAGUUCGCGAAAUCGAUGUUAACCACAUGCCUAACAUUAACAAAUGCCCAAUAGACGAUUAUUUUAGUCUAGAUUGUAACAUAAUGAAUAAUUCUUCUAAAGAUUUAAUUAUCAACAACAUUAGUGAUAACGAAAAUACUGCCCUAUUGCCCCCUACGCAUUUUCCUGAGUACAAGCAUUGAUAACUAAUUAAUCGAUGACAGAUAGUGUCCGAGGGAAAAUAAAAGAAAUUAAAGGGAGAAAGAGAGAGAGAGAGAGAGAGAGAGAGGGAAAGAGAGAGAGAGAGAGAGAGA